GACUACCAUCCAAAUAUUUUAUACCUAUGUACACUUCUAGUAGCAUGUCUGGUAGCCCCACAGCUGGACACUACCCAAAUUACAAAGAGUUAGGCCUGCUUCCUAGAAUUGCGCGUAUUGGGCCUCAUGAUUAACCUCCGCUCACUAGCUUCCUGUUUGACGGAACCGUCACAUUGCGCGUCGGACCUCAUCGCAGAAGCAUGGAGAUGCAUAAAAAACUCCUUGCGAGCAUAUCCCCCGAGCUCGACAAGCACGUCUACAACGACAUGAGAGAAGGGGCCGAGGGAAUGAUAUAUUUUCCGGACGAGGAGGUAGUUGCGCUUUCGCUUUUCAUCGAAUGGGCAUACACAGGAGAAUACGACCACGAUGAGUACGUGCCACUUUCCAGCACGGGAGAUUGCACAGAACAGAGGCGAGAUCCAUGGGCGAGCCUUCACAAACACCUUCAGCUCUGCGUAUUCUCAGAUAAAUUCAACAUACCCACCUUAAGGAAGCUCGCAGAAUCGGAAUUCUACGCCAGUAUCAACCCUAUCGUUCCUGAGAGCAAGGAAGAUGGCGCUGGCCUUGUUAUGGCGAUAGAUUAUGCAUACGGUAAUCUCCUCGACACAGAUCCGAUUGUGGGGUUUCUGGCGCAAUAUGCUUCUUGGAAGUUGGAGCUGCUACGGGAGACAGACGGUUUUGAGAAACUGAUUUUGGCUC